AUGGAGAACAAUGGGGGUCAUGAUGACCUAAACUUUGACACAAAUACUAACAAUGGGGAAUUGAUUAGUGAAAAUUUAACAGGGGGAAAUAUGAUGCAAGUUAUACCACAAGAAUCGCGGCAAAAUUUGAUCGAUGGCCUAUUGACACAACUUCAUGAAGUUAUACCGACAAGCCAAGACGACGAUAAUGACGAUAGGGAAAACAGUAACGGAACGAGUUUAUACGAGAUAUUAGAUUGUGCACCAAGGGCUAGAAAACGGUUAGCUGACUUAACUUCGGCGAUUACAGGUGAUACGGAACUGCUGUUGAAAUUUCAGGAUAGUGCAUUGCAUCACAAAUUAUCGGAUACCGUUGACGAAUGGGCCCGCGAAGAGAGUUUAGAGUCGAAAGAUUCCAAAGAGAUUGCUAAAUUGACGCCUGGACUGCCCAGUGAUAUCGCAUCGGUCGUUUUUUCGUGGAGUUCUGCAAAUAAAGCUAUAAAUGAAGAAGCUAACAAAAACAAGAGUCCGUCGCACACAGAGAGACUGCAAAGGCCAAUUAAUGAUACCUUGUAUGAGUUAGCUCUGCCUGGCUUGAGAAGAAUUCGUAGGCGCUAUGAAAAUAAAGCCAAACCGGAGAAACCUUUAGGAAGUCGCGCAGGCGAAAGAGAUGAAUCACAGCUUCCGGCAACCAAUGUAUUUAAAGUGGACCCGUUGGGACGAUUUGAAGCAAAACCAGUACGGCGACAAGGUACGAAGAAGGUUAGAGAGAAGAAAAAAGGUCUAGUUUGCUCUGGUUCUGGAAUAAAAAGGGGCCAGAACAGCAAAAGACACAUAAAGAACUCGAAAACCGUAAGACAGAUGCUGAAAACAAUGAAAUUCAGCCUAUAG